CUUUUUUUUAUACGUUACUCCAAAAUCAGAGAUCAAGAGCCAUAAAUAAACCUGCGUUCGUUUCCUUCUUCAUUCCAUCGGAAAUCAAAUGCUCCCUCUCUCUGUGACCGCAACGCUUUCUCUCUCCUCAGCUCCAUCAUCCGAACUGCCAAAGCCCUAGCGCGCACGAUCUCGCCCCGAUCUCCCCAUCGCAGCUCGAUCGUGACACCAGAGCAAACCCUAGGCGUCGUUCAACCUCCCAACCUGUCGAUUCUCAAAUAUUCUACUUGGUUGGAUUUGCUUUGUUUUUCUUGAAAACAUUUCAUAGGUUGUGGGUGAUUCAGAUAUCCUACUUGGUUCGAUUUGCUUUGUUUUUUCUUGAAAACAUUUCUGAGGUUGUGGGUGAUUCAGAGCUUGAAACUUUGACUGCAGAAAGUUUACUGCUUCAUGGGGGAAUAGGCUCCACAGUAUCUCAUAAGGAACAAAGAUAAAUUUCAAGCUGUUGGGUAUGAUUCAAAGACCCAAGGCUAUCAGACUUCCACCGAUGUCGGCGAUAAGAUCGUAAAGUCAUGCGAUUGACAUCUUUCUAUGGUUUUGUUGCAUUAUGUGGUAAAUAAAUUGCAAGAUCUUAUUGUGUCUACUUUCUUUGUUCAACAUGUAAUUGGAGGAUCCGAGGAAUAUGCUGGCUCAGAGAUUGGUGUCAAAUUUUUGAUAAGUUCAAAAGAAAUGUUAGGGGAACAAAAACUGAGGAACAAGUUCAAAAGAGGCUAAGAAAUGCGAAAGCUGAGCUCUAGCAAGGAAGAGGCCCAGAAAUUCCUUGCCCUAGAUGAAACCCCUGAUGUCUCUAAUGAGUCAGCAUUGGACAACAUUCCUCUUAUUCAUUCUGUGUCUAAAAAGGAUCAGAAGACUCUGGUAAACUGUGGCAGGGGCCAAUUCAAAUCUACAACUCCUACCAUGUUUUUCAUUGAUGUAUCUCUGCAAUCAACUCAUCAACAUAUAAUAUUAAUAGGUUCGAACAACUUUAACAAUCCAUACAUCAAGCAAUUGGAGCAAGAUGUUUGCACUAUCACUGACAUGUUAUUGAUUUUGUAUUACAACAUAAGAGAUGAAACAAAGUAGUGUUUGAACACCAAAAGAGCUAGCAUGUUAAGUUGCAACUGAGACAUGGUUAUGUUUCAUUCGUUGCUAUUAGAUAAAUCAUUAUGUUCUAUGAUCUAAGUGAAAUCAGGUUGCAAACAUUUGUCUCAUGGGUGAUGAUGCCUACAGUUAUAGUAUCAUUAUUUUUAGCCUGUA